AUGAUAUCUAAGCAAAUAAUUUCCUUUGUUAUCUGCAUUCUGUUUGUGUCUAGUCUUGAAUCACAUAUUAUUCAAGAACGUCAAUUGAAGUCGUGCUCAUGGUUAGGCCAUUGUGCUGGUGAUCCAUGCUCAACAUACAAUGAUUGUGAUGGAUCAAUGAUCUGCUUAAAUGGAAAAUGCGGUGACGUUGGUAGUACUGUAUGCAAUGCACCGUGUACGUGGAUUGGUCAUUGUUGUGGAGAUCCAUGCUCAACAUAUGACGAUUGUGAUGGAUCGUUGAUUUGUAUAAAUGGAAAAUGCAGCAGUGAUUCAUCAUCAAAUGGUAGUGGUGGUGGAACAUGUUCACCCUCUGGUGUAUUGCAAGGCACUAAUACCUUAUGCAACACAGAAAAUUUCUCCACAUGCUGUAAAUCGAACGUUAAUUAUACUCAAUAUACGUGUUCUCCAUCAUCAAAGGCCUCAGCUAUUCUCACACUAAAUAGUUUCCGAGAGGGUGGUGACGGUGGUUUUGGUGGCGCAUGCUUUGGAGCUUUUUAUCCAGACACACAACGUGUUGUCGCUUUGUCAACUGGAUGGUUUAAUCGAGGUAGUCAAUGUGGAAAAAGGAUUACAAUACAUGGAAAUGGAAGGACAACAACAGCUGAAGUCGUCGACGAAUGCGAUUCGGUACAUGGUUGCGAUGAUGAACAUGCUGGACAGCCUCCAUGUCGUAAUAACAUUGUUGACGGAUCGCCAGCUGUGUGGGAAGCACUCGGUGUGACGAAAAACGAUCCACGAUACGGACAGAUAAGCAUUUCAUGGAAUGAUUAA